GUUCGAACGGGGAACGGGAUGCUAAAUUUAAGCUUCCCCACUCAAUAUAUAGCCAAGACUCAGCGGUAGGACCGUAGGUACGGUAUUCGAGUAACCUUUCCAACAAUAUACCAGCAUCGAACUAGAAAUAUGGAUCUUGUUGGUCGAACAUUCACAGCGGAAAGGUCGCGCGGGACGUACCCCGCAUAUUUGGACCGAGGACUUGUAAGGAAGAGCUUGCUGUACUUUGGUACUUUUGUGGAACGGCAUUACACAAUGCUACAUAUAGCCACAUGUGUACAAUGAAUGAGCUAAAAGCUCAGGCCUUUACUUGUACUUGAGGGUAAGUGAUUUUUCUCUAUUUGAAUAUAUGGUUUAUGAUCUGUGAUAUGUAGAUAUGGCUGCUAGAUUCAGUAUUGCGGGAACGGGAGCUAAAGCUGGAAUGCGGGGAUGGAGAUGUGGAGAUAAUUUGAGGAUUAGGUGGAGGGGUGAGAUGGCGAGAAGUCUGGGAAGCGGAGGGGGGAUUGGAAUUGGAAUUGGGGGAAGAAUUGGAGGAAGAAUUGGAGGAAGAAUUGGAGUUGGAAUGAAAAUUGGAGUUGGGCUCGGAGCUGUAUUGCACAUUCAAAGAAGAGGUCUUCUGACGGAAAGUUAUAGUGUUGGGCCUACGGAGGUAAUUGAAAUACCUUUCUUUUCUUUUCCCUCCCUUAUUCUCAAUAUCCUGCCACCUACAUCCACCUUUUGUGUGGCUUGCACACACAAUCAAUCACCAAGCUAGCCACCGCUAACCACCGACUCUCCCCCAGCCGCCACUCCUUCACCAUACUAUCCCUCAGCAUUUUCGCAGUAUCGUCGACUCGCACGGCUCCAACGUUGCGCUCAUAUCUCGAUCCCAAAAUACAAAACUUACAUAUAGAGAACUGGAUGAGAAGAGUAAUGUGAUAGCACAUGGCUUGAGAACUCUGGGGGUUAAAAAGGGAGAUAGAGUGGCUGUUAGUCUGGGGAACGGAUGGGAGUUUGGGGCAAUCACUUAUGCGGUUUGGAAAUUAGGAGCGGUGUUGGUGAGUAGACUUUGAUAAGAGAUACCUUUUUUUGGAAGGAAGAUGGCUUUGAGAGAUGGGUAUGCUAAUUAUUGUUUGGGUAGGUACCUUUGAAUCCAGCGUUCAACACGAAACAAGUCGUCUCGGCAUUAAAUCAUUUGAAGGCUUCACACCUGAUCAUUGGCCAUGAGACACCUUUACCAUUUAAAGCCCCCAGGGAUAACACACCUUUGCUGAAAGAUAUCAUUGGAGACCUCGAGCAACCCUCACAUGUUUUAAAAAGUGAAGCUGUACCAAGUUUACAGGGCGUUGUGCUAGUGAACAAACCAACUGAUAAUUUUGCAAGUUUCCCGGCUACUACAGAUUUCGGAGCUAUCAUGUCGAUGUUUGAAUCGGAGAAAGAAAAGGAAGUUAUUCCCGAUGAAAAUUUACAUAAAGAUGAUGUGAUUAAUAUCCAAUUCACAUCAGGCACAACUUCAACUCCUAAAGCAGCUUGUUUGACCCAUCAGUCAAUACUCAACAAUGGUUAUUUUAUUGGCACUCGUAUGGCUCUUACAGAAUCCGAUAUAGUCUGUUGUCCGCCUCCCUUAUUUCAUUGUUUUGGUUCUGUACUCGGAUAUAUGGCGACGGCAACUCUUGGCAGUACAAUCUUAUUUCCCUCCCCCGCCUUCGACCCUUCGGCUACUCUUCAAAGUAUUCAAGAAAACAAAGCCACAGCCCUUUAUGGAGUCGCGACCAUGUUUCUAGCCGAACUCGAGCUUCUCUCCAAUGGUACCAUUCCUCACACAGGUUUCGAACAUCUACGCACAGGUAUUGCAUCCGGUUCCUCUGUUCCUAAAACAUUGAUGGAAAAACUUCAUAAACAGUUAAAUCUUACCGGUUUGACAAUUUGUUAUGGAAUGACGGAAACGAGCCCUGUCUCUUGUAUGACUACUCCCAUUGAUCCAAUGGAAAAGCGACUAGAUAGCGUGGGAAGGGUGUUACCUCAUGUAUCUGUUAAAAUCAUUUCGCCUUCUGAUCCUAAUAAGAUUCUGGAAAUAGGUAAAAGAGGUGAAUUAGCCGUUUCGGGAUAUUUGGUCAUGAAAGAAUAUUAUGCAGAUCCAAAACGUACUAAAGAAGUAUUGAUCCCAGACAGUAAUGGGAGGAUUUGGAUGAAGACAGGUGAUGAAGCGAGUAUGGAUGAAGAAGGAUAUGUGAAGAUUACAGGGAGAAUUAAAGAUUUGAUUAUCCGCGGAGGAGAAAAUAUACAUCCGUUAGAGAUUGAAGAUUGUAUUUUUGGUAUGGAAGAUGUGAGGGAGGUUAGUGUUGUAGGUGUUCCGGAUGACAAAUAUGGAGAAGUGGUUUGUGCAUGGAUUGUGACUAGGAAGGGUGUGAGUCGAGGACCAGAUGAUGCGGGAGUGGGUAAUGAUCUCAUGAGUUGGGGAGAAUAUGAGAAAUGUAUAGCCAAGGGAAAUAACGUCAGCAAGGAUUCUGAGAGUUCCACGAUGGAAGCAGCUGUCGAGGAUGAGACGAAACUGGACAGCAAGAUUAAACCAAUUCUCACUAAAGAGGCAAUUCAGCAUCAUGUGAGGGCGCGUCUUAGUGGACAUUUGGUCCCGAAAUAUGUUUUUUGGGUAGAUGAGUAUCCGAAGACUGCUAGUGGGAAGAUUCAGAAGUUUAAGUUGAGUGAGAGGGCGGAGUGGAUUGUUAAUGGUGAGAGGAAUUAGGUGGGUGGGGGUAGAUGAGGAGGGUGGGUUUGAAGAGGGUGUUUAUGAGGUGAAUUGAGGAGGUGGGGAGGAAUGAGGUUGUUGAGGGAAUUAUUUUGGUUUUGUAGGGGUGGAAAGAGAUAGGAAGAAGUAGAAGGAAGAUUAUGAUUUGAGGAAGGAUUCGAAAUGGGGGAAAGAAGGCAGAGGAGAUGAAAGAUGGAAGGAAUUGAGAUGUGCUGAAACAUACAGACACAUAUAGAGAGAGAGGAAGGGAGAGAGAGAAUGAUACGAUAAUUGAUCAACAGAGCGCUCAGAUAGAUUAAAUCUAUGAAAUGAAAAGAAAACGACGAAAUUACAAUUUCACAUUA